UCAAUAAUGCAAAAAAACAAAAAAAGAAAAGAAAAAAAGAAGACAAGUUUGAAAUCACAGUAUUAUUAUUGAUCAUUUCACAUUUUGCAGCAGCAUAAGAAGAAUGAAGAAGAAUAAGUGAUUAUUGUUGUUAAGAGUAAAGUGAGUGUGCUUGCGAUGGACGCAAUAGCAUCGGAGUUAUCGGAGUUGAACAAAUCAGGUAGCAGAGGAUCGGAGCGAAGUAGUAGCGAAGAUAAAGAUAGAGGUUAUUUUGGUGGUUGGGUUUAUCAUUUGGGAGUGAAUUCCCUUGGUCGUGAGUAUUGUCAUCUUCGAUUCCUUUUCAUUAGGGGAAAGUAUGUUUGCAUGUACAAACGCGAUCCUCAUGAUAAUCCUGCCAUUAAACCGAUUCGGAAGGGAAUUGUAGGCCCGACACUAAUGGUGGAGGAGCUAGGUCGCCGAAAGGUCAAUGAUGGGGAUCUUUAUGUUUUACGGUUUUACAAUCGGUUAGAUGAGGCCAGAAAGGGAGAAAUUGCUUGUGCUACAGCUGGGGAGGCCCGGGAAUGGAUAGAAGCAUUUGAUCAUGCCAAGCAACAGGCUGAGUAUGAAUUGUUAAAAGGUGGUAGCGCCAGAGACAAACUAAACAUGGAGGCCGAGAUCAAUCUUGAAGGACAUCGACCUAGAGUGAGGCGGUAUGCCCAUGGAUUAAAGAAGCUAAUAAGAAUUGGCCAAGGCCCAGAAACACUGUUACGGCAAUCGUCAAAGUUGGCUGGUAGGCGAGAUGGGUUUGAAGGGGAUAGUGGAGACACAGUUGAAGCACAUCAAUGGAAAUGUGUUCUUACUGUGGCUGGAAUUAGAAUUUUUGAGGAUGUUUCUGAUCACAAGAAUGGUAAGGGCGUCCUUGCAAAGUCUGUCGGUGUUAUUGAUGCAACUGCAGAUACUGUUUUUGAAGUGCUUUUCAACACUGAACGACAGAAAAGAUAUGAGUGGGAUAUGUUAGUUUGUGACUUAGAGCUUGUAGAAUCUUAUGAUGGACACUAUGAUGUUGUUUACGGGACAUAUGAUCCUAAGUAUCUAUCCCGGUGGCAUCCAAAGCAGGAUUUUGUCUUGUCUAGGCAAUGGUUUCGUGGACAAGAUGGAGCAUACACAAUCUUGCAAUUUCCAGCUAUACAUAAGAAAAAGCCUCAAAGAUCUGGUUAUCAACGUGCAAAAAUUAAUCCAUCUUCGUGGGAGAUCAGAAAUUUGAACUCGCCUAUGGUAUCAAAUAACCCAAGAUGUCUAGUGACCCACACUUUGGAGAUACAUUCUACAUCCUGGAAUCAAUGGAAGAACAAACGGUGCUCAAAGUUUGAAAGGAGCAUUCCUUAUGCGUUACUGUGCCAAGUGGCAAGUCUAAAGGAAUACAUUGCAGCCAAUCCAGCACUCCACCAAGAAAAUGCCACCACAAUAGUUCACUCCAAAAUACCUGAUACUUCCAUUUCCGGUUCUGAAUAUGAGGAUGAAGUACAAGAUGAGUUUUAUGAUGCAAUCGCCGCCGAAUCAUCGUCAUCAGAUGAAGAAAGUGACGACGAUGAGAAGCACGAUCUAAAGGAGUCAAGAGUCAAACUAAAGAAUGUUUCAUGGGCAAUCACAGCAUUAGCUUUGAAGCGGAGUGCAGGUCAGUUUUUUUUUAGGGUAAAUGAUCAUUUACCCCCCUGCAAAAUAAGCAAAUUUUCGUUUACCCCCCUGUGCAUAUUUUUUUUCUGUUUACCCCCCUGCAAAAAAUAAAUUCUCUCAUUUUGCCCCCUGGCUGUUAGGGGUGUACAUGGGUUGGGCAAAUCCGGUCGACCCGGUCAAACCCACUCAAUCCAACCCAAAAAAGUGGGUUGGGUCGGGUAAGUGGGUGAAUAUGGAUUUCAAAAAUGAAAAACCCAUUAAAAAAGUCGGGUUUCGGGUAAAACCGGACCCAACCCAAAAAACUCACUAACCCACUAGUGCUAUGUUUCUUGAAUUUUUUUUUAUGAAAAUACUAAAGAUUUUUUCAUUUGAUUAUUAAAUAUUUUUAUAUUGAAAAUGAGUUAUACUAUUUUUUACGAAAAUAAAAAAGAUUGAAUAAUUUUUAUGAAUAAAUAUGAUAAUUUUUCGCAUUAUUUUUUUAAAAUUUUAAAAAAUUGAAUAAUUUUCAUAAACAAAUAUAGUGAUUCAUGGUUUAGUCAUUUAAUAUUAAAAAAAGUAAAAAAA